CUACAGGUAGCAGCGGCGGCGGCAGCAGCAGCAGCAGCAGCAGCGGAAGGGGGGCGAAAAAGGCAACUGAACUGCAGGAGCCUUUGCUCGAAUUUGGAAAGCGGCUGAUGCUCCCUUUGCCUACGGAUGUACAGCCUUCUGUCUCCUUCGUGAUCCCGUCUCCUUGGGCCACUGUGUGCUGCUCUUCCCUGAUCGCCCUUCUCCCUUCAUCCUUCUCUCCUUCCUUUUUUUAAAUUUUAAAUAAUAAUAAUAAUAAUUUUUUUUAAUCACCCUUGGGGAUUUUGCAUGAUAUCUAUCUAUAGAUACAGAGCUGCAAUUCCCCUCCUUGCAAGUGACUUUUCUCUCUGCAAAUAAUUUUAGAAAUUAAUUUCCUCUCUCCCGACGUGUUUCUACGUUUGGCUUGCCAAGUUUGUAGCGAGACACGUCUUCUGAAAUUCUCCUUUCUCCCGCUCCUUUUUUGGGGGGGUGGGGUGAGUGGGGAGGGGGGCGUUGGUGUAGGAUCGGUCGCAGCGACAGCCUCUCGCUGGAUGUAGAAAGGCACAGAUUUUGCGAUUUUCCUCUUUUCUCCUUCCUCCCCUUCCCCACCAAAUUCUCUUCUUCUCUCCAUCCUACCUCUCCUGGACGCCUCUCCCCUCUCCUCUCCUCAAGACAUUUGGAAUCCUCUAGGGAGCUAAUGGAUACUAAGGAACCAGCUUGGCACAUUCUUCCGUCGAGUCCCUUUCCAGAAGAGGAGCAUUAAAGACAUGCACGUUGCUUGCUCCCCCCUUGUUUUUUCCUUUUCCUAAAACAAGACCCAGCCUUCAACUUAGCUUCCUCUUCUUCUCCAAGUAUUUAUGAUUGCAGAUCAGGUACAAAAGGAGGAGUAGUUUGAUAAGGAUAUAGACCCGCAGCUAACUGGAAUUGAUUUAUAAGUGGGGAAUCGGCAGCAAAGGGAUGCUCUCUUCAUAUCGCAACUGUGGAAAACAGAAUUGGCAAUUGAAUGUCGCCUGACAAAUAGGGCAGAGUGGAGAUGCUGCUUCGGUUGGAAUGAAGUCACGGGGAGAUGCCUGUCAUGUGCAGAGGCUUUUGAGAGUUUUCUGACAGGCUCCCCUUCUGGAGGCUUGAGCCACCCAUUUCAUUUCCCUGCUCCCUUGCCAAGAGCACUGCUUCACCCUCUCCCUCCCCACCGAGUGGAUACAAAUAAGAUUUGCUCCAACCACAGCAGGGCAACUGAUGUGGGACCAUGGCUUUUCCAACAUCCAUGUGGCUGAACUGCGUGUGGAGAGCGAUGCUGGUCCGCCUGCUGCACAUGGGAUUGGAUGCCACCUUCACCCUCUGCAUACUCGGGUUCUUGCUUCACGCCGCCGCCGUCUCGUCGCAAAAGUUGGAUGAUACCGACCCGGUGGUGACCACCAGCUUCGGGAAAGUCAGGGGGAUGAAGAAGGAGUUGAACAAUGAAAUUCUGGGGCCGGUCAUCCAGUUUCUCGGGGUGCCGUACGCCGCUCCUCCAGUCGGGGAGCGCCGAUUCCAACCUCCUGAACCACCAUCUCCGUGGCCAGAUAUCAAAAACGCCACUCAGUUUGCACCAGUGUGUCCCCAGAACAUUAUAGAGGGCAGGUUACCUGAAGUCAUGCUCCCUGUCUGGUUUACUAAUAACUUGGAUAUAGUUUCUACCUACGUGCAAGAGCAGAACGAAGACUGCCUCUAUCUGAAUAUAUAUGUCCCAACUGAAGAUGUCAAAAGAAUAUCCAAGGAAUGUGCCAGGAAACCCGGCAAGAAAAUUUGUAGAAAAGGAGGUCCCCUAACAAAGAAACAGACAGAUGAUUUAGGUGAUAAUGAAGGUGCAGAGGAUGAAGACAUUCGAGAUAGUGGGGGGCCCAAACCUGUGAUGGUGUAUAUUCACGGAGGGUCCUACAUGGAAGGCACUGGAAAUUUAUAUGAUGGCAGUGUGCUGGCAAGCUAUGGCAAUGUGAUAGUCAUCACCGUCAACUACCGGCUUGGGGUACUUGGUUUCUUGAGCACAGGGGAUCAAGCAGCUAAAGGAAACUAUGGCCUCCUUGACCUCAUUCAGGCCUUGAGGUGGACUAGCGAAAACAUUGGGUUCUUUGGGGGCGACCCACUGAGAAUCACUGUUUUUGGAUCUGGCGCCGGCGGCUCAUGUGUCAACCUCUUGACUUUAUCCCAUUAUUCUGAAGGUAACCGUUGGAGCAAUUCAACCAAAGGACUUUUUCAAAGGGCAAUAGCUCAAAGUGGAACAGCUCUUUCCAGCUGGGCAGUCAGUUUUCAACCUGCAAAAUAUGCCAGGAUGCUGGCUACAAAGGUUGGCUGCAAUGUGUCCGACACUGUAGAAUUAGUAGAAUGUCUACAGAAGAAGCCUUAUAGAGAACUCAUCGAUCAGGAUAUCCAACCAGCCCGAUACCACAUAGCCUUUGGUCCAGUCAUUGAUGGGGAUGUGAUACCAGAUGACCCUCAGAUAUUGAUGGAGCAAGGAGAGUUCCUCAACUACGACAUAAUGUUGGGUGUCAACCAAGGAGAAGGGUUGAAAUUUGUCGAAAACAUUGUCGACAGCGAAGAUGGCAUAUCUGCAAGUGACUUUGACUUUGCUGUUUCAAACUUUGUCGAUAACUUAUACGGCUACCCUGAAGGCAAAGAUAUACUGAGAGAAACAAUUAAAUUUAUGUACACUGACUGGGCGGAUAGACAUAAUCCUGAGACAAGAAGGAAAACACUGCUGGCUUUGUUUACCGAUCAUCAGUGGGUUGCACCAGCGGUUGCUACAGCUGAUCUUCAUUCAAAUUUUGGAUCACCCACAUAUUUUUAUGCCUUCUACCAUCAUUGCCAAACAGACCAGGUACCUGCAUGGGCAGAUGCUGCUCAUGGGGAUGAGGUUCCUUAUGUAUUAGGAAUCCCAAUGAUUGGUCCUACUGAAUUGUUUCCUUGUAAUUUUUCCAAAAAUGAUGUCAUGCUGAGUGCAGUGGUGAUGACAUAUUGGACAAACUUUGCAAAAACUGGGGAUCCGAACCAGCCUGUCCCACAAGAUACUAAGUUCAUUCACACGAAACCCAACCGUUUUGAGGAAGUAGCAUGGACCAGAUACUCUCAGAAAGACCAGCUUUACCUUCACAUUGGAUUAAAGCCGCGAGUGAAAGAACAUUACAGGGCCAACAAGGUGAACCUGUGGUUGGAACUGGUACCUCACCUGCACAAUCUUAAUGACAUUUCACAGUAUACCUCUACGACGACUAAAGUGCCAUCAACUGAUAUUACUUUCAGACCAACCCGGAAAAAUCUGGUACCCGUAACUUCAGCCUUUCCUACAGCCAAGCAAGAUGAUCCCAAACAACCGCCAAGCCUAAUUUCAGGAGAUCAAAGAGACUACUCCACGGAGUUGAGUGUAACUAUUGCUGUUGGAGCAUCUUUGCUGUUCCUGAACAUUUUAGCCUUUGCAGCUCUAUAUUACAAAAAGGACAAGAGGAGGCACGACGUCCACCGGAGAUGCAGCCCGCAGCGUACAACUACCAAUGAUCUUACACACGCACAAGAAGAGGAAAUAAUGUCCCUCCAGAUGAAGCACACUGACUUGGGUCAUGAAUGUGAAUCCAUCCAUCCACAUGAGGUGGUUCUCAGGACCGCCUGCCCCCCAGACUACACACUAGCUAUGAGGCGGUCACCUGAUGAUAUUCCUUUAAUGACCCCCAACACCAUUACAAUGAUACCCAACACUAUACCUGGGAUUCAACCCUUACACACAUUUAAUACAUUUACCGGUGGACAGAAUAACACACUGCCCCAUCCUCACCCGCACCCGCACCCCCAUUCACAUUCAACAACUAGGGUAUAGCCAGACAAGGUGAAACAAACUUUUUUUUUGGUGGAUUACAGUGGGUUAUAAUUACAGAAGACUUCACUUGGCUUCAACCUACAAGACUCUUACUAUUUAAAUAUGGAGAAAUAUGAUGUGAAUAUACAUAUCAAGAACUUUGGGGAUUUUGGGGGGGGGGGAAAUGAACUGUACAUAUAUACAAAUGAACUUUUAACAAAAAGAGAAAAAAAAGAAAUUAUAACUUUUUUGCAAUUGCUUGAAGCAGUUGUCCUGAAUGAUACUUUUUUCAUUCACAUUCAAGUAUUAAUUUUUUGAGGAUUUAAGUUACAUAAUGGAAUUAGGCAUGUGCAACACAAAAGUGGGAAAGAAACUAUGACUGAAAUUUAAAAAGUUCUAUGAAUAUGCACAAUGGGACACGUUAAUGGAAUGUCAGAUAAUUUUCACCAGUUUUUAUUUGGAACUGUUUUCUUGUGUAGACCAUAUUUACAUAUUUGGAUAAGUAUACAAAGCACUAGUGCUGUUAAAAGGCCUUAGAAAGGGGCUUAUAUGCUGAGAUCUGCCAGUUUAAAAAAAAAAAGGAAAAGGGAGAAAAAAGGAAAUGAGCUUUUAUAGUCUGGCAGGUUAUCACAUAAGUGCUGUCAGUAUAAACAUUGCGGGAAUAAAGGAAACCGGAUAUUUUAGCACGAUGUGCAUGAUAAUUUAUUAUGCUUGGUGGCUGUGCUGCUGAUUAAGCCGUAAUUAAAAAAUUCUUCUUGUCCCAUUGGAGUUCUCAACAGAAGCUUCUUUCCUCAAUUGGCGCAACCUAAAGGAGGUUUGUUUUCAAGGGGGAAAAAACCAUAAUCGACAACCCCGAAAUUCCCAGUAGCUUCCCAGUAAUGGAAGGCAUUACAGAAGGUCUUAGAAGUGUUUGAUGGUACGGUUGGUGCAUAGCAGAGAACAAAUCCGGAUAGGAAUCCCAAGAGAACAUGAAAGGCAACUCUGUAUGUUUCUAAAUGCUCUCUUUUCUUUCCACCCAAUUAAUUUAUAGCGAUAACAAUGUGACUAGGGUUGCAUCCUUUGAUGAAGCACUUAACAUGUUGUUGAAGGUCCAUUACAACCUCUUGCGUUUAUACCAGUAAAAUAAAAUUUAAAAAAAAUAAUCCAAAGAUUUAUUUGCAAGGAAUAUUUUGCAAUGUGUAAAGAUGCCCUCAUCCCCUCCCUGCCCAAAUCACAACGAUUACAGCUCUCAGUAAUUCUGUUGACUUUGUUAUAUUGCACUGAGGAAGUUCAUUCCUAGGAUUUCCGAGGUAUUCCUUUUUUCCUCUGCAUUUUCUCUUCAGCAUUCCUGUAAAGCUCGCUCAAAAUCAAAGGAGAUCUCUCUGCAGAGUACAAAUAUUGAUACAGAGGCUAUGGGAGGAUUGAAGUCACCAUCUGGAAAAUGUUUUACUUCUGCAUCUUACUUAAUAUUGUCCUGUUUUGAAAGGAAUGGUCUAAAAUGAGAGGAAGGUCUUUGUAUCCCUUCCCCCCUGUUACUUUUGGAUUUUAAAGAAAUGGUAUGUCACGGUCAUUUAAAAACAAAACAAAAAACAAAAUGUUUGUAUGUGUAAUCAGAUGUACAUUUAUAUUUAAAAAAGAGAAAAAAAAUUGAGAUGGACUAAAGAGCACAUCCCUGAGGAAUACUUUCUCUCUUUUCCUGUAUUAUAUUUCUAUUAGAGUACAGUUACGUGAUUUUUUUUUAUUUUGCAUUUUUUCAAAUUACUAGCAAUUUUGAUAGUUUGUAAGAUAACGCGCAGAACUUUCUCUGACAAACUAACUGCAGUAACAGAAAUGUUUCUUUUCAGUUACUCUUUUUCAAGAUUGAAAGCUUAUUACACACACAGCAAAUUGUAUACUACUUGAUGGGGGAAAAUAAAAUCUUUGUACUUCUGGGCCAUUCAUGUUGGCCGCUGAGUGAAAAAAUAAAGCUAAUCUGGAUAAUGGAUAUUAUAAUUAUUCCAAUGCUAAGAGACCUGAUAUUUGCUCAUUAAAGAGCUCAAAUGUUUAUUGCUGUUUUGUCAUUUUUUUAAUGAAGUAAUGGUAACUGUCUCAGAAUAAAGAGUUAUUUCUUGA